AUGGCGACGAUAAAGUCGUUCCUGUUGGGGCUGCUGGUAGUCCACCAUACCCGAUGGUCCUUGGCACAAACCCAGACUUCUGUCUCUAUCUCUGCCAAUGGACAGCGUCCCAUCGCCUACAACAUCGUCAGCGGGCCCGCGGACGCCACCGCUAUCGCCGGGUCGUACGACAGGUUCGGGCAGUACCAACAAACAGCCAGCUACGUCCGACCUGGGGUAGGGAAACGAGACGUCCCCAUUCCGGUCAUACCGUUUAGACCUAGGACCAACGCAUUCUCUUUCAGUACUUCUGAACCUGCACAAGGACCGUUUGGUGGUCAGGGAGAAGCCUUUGCCCCGCCACAAGGAGCAUUUGCUCCCGCCAGUAACGCGGCUCCUUUUAAUUUGUAUGGUCUUCCUGAAAGCUCGUCUUCGGGUGAUGAUUUGUCGACUAUUUAUGUAGGCAAUGCUCCUGCUCCUCAGCCGGUGUAUGGACUUCCAGCUGCAGCACCACCUCCACCCCCACCACCACCCCCACCACCACCGCCACCACCACCUCCACCUCCUCGACCACCACCACCACCUCCGCCACAACCGGCUCCAGAGUAUGGUCCUCCUGCUCCCUACUCUCCUCCGGCCUUUGCCCCACCACCUCCACCUCCACCACCUCCACCACCACCACCACCACCACCACCCCCUCCACCUCCACCUCCUCCACCAACACCACCACCACAACCGGCUCCAGAGUAUGAGUAUGGUCCUCCUGCUCCCUACUCUCCUCCGGCUUUUGCCCCACCACCACCUCCACCUCCACCCCCACCUCCACCUCCACCCCCACCUCCACCUCCACCUCCUCCACCUCCUCCACCACCUCCGCCACCACCUCCGCCACCCCCACCUCCACCACAACCGGCUCCAGAGUAUGGUCCUCCUGCUCCUUACUCUUCUCCGGCUUUUGCCCCACCACCUCCUCCACCACCACCGCCUCCACCACCGCCUCCUCCUCCACCUCCACCUCCUCCUCCACCACCAAGACCCCACAGCCAGUACGGAGUCCCUGAUAGUUUUAGAGAAGAAUUUUCUCCACCAGCUGGAUCUAGUUUUGCAAACGCAAUCUUCGUCCCCGCACCCAGCCAAGAUGUGCAGCCUGAGGGGGAGUUCGCGCCCCCGGCUUCAGGAUUUAUUCCCCCUGAAGGUGCCCUUCUAUCUCCUCCGGCAACUUUUGGAAACCAGAUAGUACCCAGCCCAAGAUAUCCUUUAAGAAGAUCGGGGUAG